UGAAGACGGGCAACAGCAGCAGCAGCGAGGGCUUUCACCCGUGGACAGGGUUGAACCUCCCUGCUCCCAUCCCUUUCCUUUUUCCCAGCGCACCGGGUGGACCCCUGGUGUAUGAGCCCCCGCCACCACCACCCCCGCCACCACCACCAGCUCAACGACCCCGCCCGCAGACACACGCCAGCACGAAGGUUUCCCUUCACCGAAUCCAAAAUCACAAUCAAGUCCAAAGGGAGCGCCUGACAACAUUCAUCGCCGAUGUUCACGUCCUUGCGCGCCACACCACCUUCUUUAUCAAGUACUACCUUGCUGACCAUCCUCUACACGAUUUCCCGGACAUCACCGACAAGCACAUCAGUGUGAUGUUUGAGCUGCUCAACAAUCCAGGCUACAAUGGCAAUCCGCUCAUCGGGCAAGAGUUGCGUCCAUGGGUUCAAGACUACUGUAAUGUUCACGGAUUUGCCCCCAUCCGCAUGCGAAAUUGCCAACGGACCGCAGCAUACACGGCUACGAGCAUCCUCACAAACCUCAAAGUUAACCAAGUCGUACUGCAUCUCCGUGCCGGAGUCAACCGAGCGCAGCGGCGACGCUAUUAUCAGCGUGUCCGUGCCUAUUUCAUCCGUUCGGAUCGACACAAAGAUCCUAUCCACUCAUAUCCUGGCCUUGGGCCACCAUCGCAUGGGGAAACUCACCGAUCAACGCAAGCGGGAGCUGUGGGGGCAGUUUCUCAAUGUGAAUGACAAGGUCUUCAAGGAUCGAAAGAAGCUUGGUCUCAAAUUUGAUGGGUCAAUCAGCAUAAACGGGUAUUCCGCUACCAUCCACUUCAAGAAGCCAGGGCUUCAGUAUGGCCAUCGCGCCCGGAAGCGCAGCAAGGCCCAAAUGCAGGAAGAAGUCAAACAGCUGUAUUUUGAGCACCACAUCGCCGAACUAAGGGAGGCUCCAAACAUCGUCAGCAUUGAUCCGGGCAAGCGUGACCUCUUGUUCUGUCGAGACAUCAAGAAGGAGCGGCCAUUUAGAUACACAUCCAAUCAACGGGCGGUCGAGACAAAGUCUCGGUACUUUCAACGAGACAUGACAGAGCGAAAAAUCAAUGCCGGCAU